AUGCUUCACACUCGCAUCCGACGCUGGAAACUAGGCCGCAACCACAAAUUCCCUGAAAUGCGAACGGCAGCACUGCUUCUGGCCGCACAUCAAGAGGAACAGCGUCAACGCAACGAAGAUCGUACGUCCUUUCUCUCCAGCCCCACGUCCACUGGCAACACGCGAUCAAGAAAUAUGAGGAGGCCGACACCGCCAAGUUUCAUUAUCCGUGGCGAAAUUGUCCGGUACGCGGAGUUCAUGCGGUAUUUCAAGCGUAAGAAGAUCAACGAUCCUCUUAGUUGGGCCAAAGAAGAGCAACAGAAGCAAGAGGACAAUGAAUUCGUCAUGAGCGAAGAUGUUGAGAUCCUUACUAGCACUGACACUGGCACUCCAGAGUCGGAUUCAGGAGAAAACGAUGAGAGUCGAGAUACUCUGGACGGAGGACGUGAGGCUGAGGGUUUGAUCCAAGUUGAACAACCAAUACCACAGGCCCAAGAUUUGGAUAUUGACCAUAAUCACUCUGUGACCCAAGUCGAUUUAUCUCAAGUACCCUUGACGGCAGAAACACAAGACCUCCACCAGCCCGAAAGCUACAGUACUAGCAACCAAGAUUGUUGGUCGUCGUCAUUUAUCUUGCCGGCCUCAGAGCAAUAUCAGGACACGGUCAGACAACGCACCGCGCAUCAGAUGUCAAUGCCAGCAUUCUUCCGACCUCAGACCUAUCGCGCCCUCGAGCAUCUCACCCAUAGCAUGACCGUAUACAUAACUUCAUACAUGACCUCAGAGCGGGCGAGGACACAAUGUGAGCCAGCGGUACAUGCGCUGACAGUACACGCGAUAUUCGCAUCCAGAAUGCAAGACGGCGUCGCAUUGCUGGCCAAUGUGUCGACGCGACCAAAAGCAAUACCACAUCCAAGGCGUCACGAACAGGGCAAGUCACCCGUGCCAAAGCCCGAUCCGAAUGCCAAAAAGGCAUUCGAUAGUUUCCGAAACGGCUUCGAAUUAAUUCGUUCGAUACUGGAGAAUGAUCACCCAAUGAGUCUGGCGCUAAUCCUGAGCAUCGCGUGUGAAUUGGCAGGUCAUGCCUCAAAACAAUCUUCUUAUGUCGUCAGCCAAAAUCAGGACCGUGAACAUGAGCAAGGACAGGGCCAGGGCAUUUACACAGCAGUUCUUGUCCAACUCCUCCAAUACAUACGAGAUAUGGCCUCACUACUCACGGUCCUAGGCCCAUCCCACGCGCUGACGAGCAUAUUUACCGUUCUCGCCCAGGUAUGCCAAAAGCAGAUGAUCAUAGAGGACCCUGGCACUUUCCAACUUGCGAACCUGAUCCACACCAUCCUCUACAUUGCCAUCGCUCGUCUCUCCGCUGGCCCCGAGGGCUUCUUUGACUGGAAACUCUUAUACCUCCGCGAAAGGCUCUGCGACAGCCUCUACCACAGCGGAGCUGCCUUCAUCCACGAACGCAUGGCGCAACGCGCAUCUUUACUCCGUGACCAAGAACACAAGUACGGUCUGACGGCGCGGAAUGUCCUUUGGACGCUCACGAAUGUCGCGGACGAUGCGUUGGGUGCUGGUGACGUGGAUGUCGCGGUACAUCGGUUCCACAUCACGCUGCAGAGGGCUGAGAGGCUGAGUGAUUAUGGAAGGGCGAAGACGAGGUUCGCGGCACUCGAAGGAUUGGGGAGGUGCUUUCUUCUCAAGGCUGAGCAACAAAUGCAAAUCGAAGCAGAGGUGGAAGCCGAGUCAGAGGAGAAUACAAGGCUGCGAGCGCUCGGGGAUGCUAGUGCAGAAGAGAAUACGCUUUCAGAAAAGCUGCACGAUGUUUCGAGUCGGGUCGUCAAUCCGUCUUCUUCCUCUGCUUUUGCGUCAAGAGGUGCCUGCUGCUUAUGUUCAUGCCACCAUUCCUCGACCUCGACCACGACCCCGCAAACCCACCAUCUAUCAGCCAGAAACAAUAUCGACACCGGUACCGGCUCCGAGACAAACAGCACAUCCGACACAGGAACGUCCACGCCCUCCACGUCCACGUCAUCCUCGAGACCCCAAUCACAUAAUCCGAAUCAACAGCAACGACAAAGCGAAUAUUACCUCCGUGAAGCACUGAGAUACUUCUCUGCCGCGGAACACGAGGCGCGCGUAUGGUUUGAUAGCACAAGUCGAAGGAUAGCGAGGGUGAGAAGGCAUAUCGCCGAGGUACGCGAGAUGCUUGGGUAUGUUGAUCAAGACCGCGAGGACGACGAUGAAGCUGGCAAGGGGGAUGACAUCGUUGCUGCUGAGACUGCAGUGACUGAGACUGGGGCCGGGACUGGAGAGUACUUGGGCCCAGAUCUCUCCUUCCAUCCGCUGGGUCAGAUCUCCACGACGAUGACGAUCAGGACGGGACUCUAA